AUGCAGACCAAAGUCCUCUCCAUGGGCGUGUAUUUCCUCGGCCUACUGUAAGUAUUUCAUGGAUUGGGCUGUAGUUUUCUUGGGGUUUAUUUUUGUGGGUUACUGUGGCUUUGGAAAUGAGAUCUUUUGAUUUUAAAAUUUUUGGAUUUUUAAAAAAUUUUUGUUAAAAUCGGAAAUAUUUAUGUUACAGUACUUUUUAGUACAUUAAAAAUAUUUUUGGAGGGGUUUAAAUUAAAUUUCAAUAUCAGUAUUGAUUAUUAUAGGCAUUUUUUUGCAUUUUGAACGCUAGGAAAUUAGAAAAAAACAAAUUAUUUUUCUCUGACACUUCCUUAAUCAUCCGUAUUUUACCUCAAAAUAUUUUCAGUGUCCUCCUCUCCCUCCUCACCAGCAGCGCCGCAUCUCCAGUGCACGCGAAACGACGCCACGUCAACUUGAUGGACCGCCUCGGCGCCAACUACAAGGCCCAACCGGAGACGUCGGAGAAACGCCGCUCCAUUCAUCAGAUCACAAAUUCCGACCGUCUCCUGCCCAUUAAGGCUACCUUCAUCAAAUCCGCGUCACGAGCGCCGGCCACGCAGAACCGCGCGCAUGUCAUCGGGUUCGGCGUGCAGACCAGCCCGUUCGAGCGAUACCACCAGAAAAACAUGCGCUCAGCGAUGAAGAACAUCUUGUUGAGGAUGAAUUGA